AUGUCUGCCUUCGAUGCUACCCUCGGCCGCCCCAAGGAUGUCGGUGUCCUCGCAAUGGAGACCUACUUCCCUCGUCGCUGCAUCUCUGAAGCCGACCUCGAAGAGUUCGAUGGAGUCUCGAAGGGAAAAUAUACCAUCGGUCUAGGCCAGGAAUACAUGUCGUGGCCAGAUGACCGUGAGGAUAUAAACUCGUUCGCCCUCAAUGCUGUCUCUGGCCUCCUCGAAAAGUUCAACAUUGACCCCAAGUCCAUCGGACGUAUUGAUGUUGGCACAGAAACCAUCAUCGACAAGUCCAAGUCUGUUAAGACUCACCUCAUGGACCUCUUCGCUGAGUCGGGCAACUUUGACAUCGAGGGUAUCGACUCCAAGAACGCCUGUUACGGUUCUACCGCUGCCCUUUACAAUGCCGUCAACUGGAUCGAAUCCAGCUCUUGGGACGGUCGUAAUGCCAUCGUUGUAGCCGGGGAUAUCGCCAUUUACGCUGAAGGCGCUGCCCGUCCUGCCGGUGGAGCGGGCGCCGUUGCUCUUCUGAUUGGUCCCAAUGCUCCCGUCGUGUUUGAACCCAUCCAUGGAAGCUACAUGGCAAACACGUACGACUUUUACAAACCCAACUUGUCUUCGGAAUAUCCCGAGGUCGAUGGCCCUGUUUCUGUCGUCACCUAUAUUGCUGCUCUCGACGCAGCCUACUCCGCGAUUUCGAAACCCUCUUCUGACGUCAAAUACUCUUUCUCCAGUGAUGACGUCGACUAUCACCUGGUCACUGCUCGCAUGCUCUUCAACGACUUCCUUUCAAAGCCCUCCCACCCCAAAUAUGCCAACAUCCCCAACCCUGAAGGCUUCCUUGCUGCCUCCCAUGCCGCCUCGCUGACCGACAAGAACGAAUUCAAGGACAAGCCUGCCACACUCCUCGGCAAACGGGCUAGCUUAUUUGCCUUCGGCUCCGGUUGCGCAGCCAGUUUCUGGACAUUGCGCAUCAAGGGCGACACUAGCGAAAUUCGGGAAAAGAUGGAUCUUCUCAACCGCUUGGCAUCGAUGAAGGUCGUGCCACCUCAAGAAUUUGUGGACGCAUUAAACGUACGAUCUGAUUUCCAUCUCUUCCGCGAGAAGAACCACAACAGUGUUUCGUAUACACCGGAGGGCUCGGUCGAUAACAUCUGGCCGGGUGCUUACUACCUUGACAGCGUGGACUCCAAGUACAGGAGGAAGUAUCUCCGGGCGCCAUUGGCUUAA